AGAAGCGCGCGUUUUUCUUUGGCCGGGGAUUUAGUGAGGAGGCCGGGCAGGCAGUGCCUGUGAGACUUCGGCGCGCGGCGUUCCAGUCGCUGAGAGCCGAGGACUGGGUUCCGGAGUGUGUGUCCAGCCAUGCCCGCGCAGCGGUCCGCGAGCAGCGGUGGGUCCCUGACUCCAGAUAUGGUUGAACAACCGGAGCCUGCCGUGAUUACCCAAGCCAUGCUGGAGGAGGAAGAACAGCUUGAGGCUGCUGGACUGGAGAGGGAGCGGAAGAUGAUCGAAAAGGCUCGCAUGUCUUGGGAUAGAGAGUCUGUGGACAUUCGUUACCGUAGACUUCAACAUUUGCUUGAGAAAAGCAAUAUCUACUCCAAAUUUUUAUUGACUAAAAUGGAACAGCAACAACUAGAGGAACAGAAGAAGAAAGAGAAAUUGGAGAGAAAAAAGGAAUCUUUAAAGGUUACUAAGGGUAAAAAUUCCAUUGAUGCAAGUGAGGAGAAUCCAGUUAUGAGGAAGAAGAGAGGAAGAGAAGAUGAAUCCUACAAUAUUUCAGAGGUCAUGUCAAAAGAGGAAAUUUUGUCCGUGGCUAAAAAAAAUAAAAAGGAGAUUGAGAAUGAAAGCUCCUCUUCUAAUCUCUGUGUAGAAGACCUUCAGAAAAACAAAGAUUCAAAUAGUAUAAUUAAAGAUAGAUUGUCUCAAACGGUUAGGCAGAAUACUAAAUUCUUUUUUGACCCAGUUCGGAAAUGUAAUGGACAGCCAGUACCCUUUCAACAACCAAAACACUUCACAGGAGGAGUGAUGCGAUGGUACCAAGUGGAAGGCAUGGAAUGGCUCAGGAUGCUUUGGGAAAAUGGAAUUAAUGGCAUUUUAGCAGAUGAAAUGGGAUUGGGAAAGACAGUUCAGUGCAUUGCUACAAUUGCAUUGAUGAUUCAGAGAGGAGUACCUGGACCUUUUCUCGUCUGUGGCCCUUUGUCUACACUUCCUAACUGGAUGGCUGAAUUCCAGAGAUUUACACCAGAUAUUCCUACUAUGUUAUAUCACGGGACCCAGCAGGAACGUCGAAAAUUGGUAAAGAAUAUUCACAAGCGAAAAGGGACACUGCAGAUUCAUCCUGUAGUAAUUACUUCAUUUGAAAUAGCCAUGAGAGACCGAAAUGCAUUACAGCACUGCUAUUGGAAAUACUUAAUAGUAGAUGAAGGACACAGGAUUAAGAACAUGAAAUGCCGUCUAAUCAGGGAGUUAAAACGAUUCAAUGCAGAUAACAAACUUCUUUUGACUGGUACUCCCUUGCAAAACAAUUUAUCAGAACUUUGGUCAUUGCUAAACUUUUUGUUGCCAGAUGUAUUUGAUGACUUGAAAAGCUUUGAAUCUUGGUUUGAUAUCACUAGUCUUUCUGAAACUGCUGAAGAUAUAAUUGCUAAAGAAAGAGAACAGAAUGUAUUGCAUAUGCUGCACCAGAUUCUAACACCUUUCUUACUGAGAAGACUAAAAUCUGAUGUUGCUCUUGAAGUUCCUCCUAAACGAGAAGUAGUUGUUUAUGCACCGCUUUCAAAGAAACAAGAGAUCUUUUAUACAGCCAUUGUGAACCGUACAAUUGCAAACAUGUUUGGAUGCAGUGAGAAAGAAACCGUCGAGCUAAGUCCCACUGGACGACCAAGGCGGCGAACUAGAAAGUCAAUAAAUUACAGCAAAAUAGAUGAUUUCCCUAAUGAACUGGAAAAAUUGAUCAGUCAAAUGCAGCCAGAAGUAGACAGAGAAAGAGCUGUUGUGGAAACAAAUAUCCCUAUAGAAUCUGAGGUUAAUCUGAAGCUGCAGAAUAUAAUGAUGCUCCUUCGUAAGUGCUGUAAUCAUCCAUAUUUGAUUGAGUACCCUAUAGACCCGGUCACACAAGAGUUUAAGAUUGAUGAAGAAUUGGUAACAAAUUCUGGGAAAUUCUUAAUUUUGGAUCGAAUGCUGCCAGAACUAAAAGCCAGAGGUCACAAGGUGCUGCUUUUUUCACAAAUGACAAGAAUGUUGGACAUUUUGAUGGAUUAUUGCCACUUUAGAAAUUUCAACUUUAGCAGGCUUGAUGGAUCCAUGUCUUAUUCAGAGAGAGAAAAAAAUAUGCACAGCUUCAACACAGAUCCAGAUGUGUUUAUCUUCUUAGUAAGUACACGAGCUGGUGGCCUGGGCAUUAAUUUGACUGCAGCAGAUACAGUUAUCAUUUAUGAUAGUGAUUGGAAUCCCCAGUCUGAUCUUCAGGCCCAGGAUAGAUGUCAUAGAAUUGGUCAGACAAAGCCAGUUGUUGUAUAUCGUCUUGUAACAGCAAAUACUAUCGAUCAGAAAAUUGUGGAAAGAGCAGCUGCUAAAAGAAAACUGGAAAAGUUGAUCAUCCACAAAAAUCAUUUCAAAGGUGGUCAGUCUGGAUUAAAUCAAUCUAAGAACUUCUUAGACCCUAAGGAAUUAAUGGAAUUAUUAAAAUCUAGAGAUUAUGAAAGGGAAGUAAAAGGAUCAAGAGAGAAGGUCAUUAGUGAUAAAGAUCUGGAGUUGUUGUUAGAUCGAAGUGAUCUUAUUGAUCAAAUGAGUGCCUCAGGACCGAUUAAAGAGAAGAUGGGGAUUUUCAAGAUACUAGAAAAUUCAGAGGAUUCCAGUCCUGAAUGCGUGUUUUAAAGUGGAGCUAAAGACUGUCUUUUAAAAGUUCUUGUUUAUGUCUAGUGAUUUACCUGUAUUGGUUUUAAAAUUCAGAUUAUCCACUUUUUUGAUUCUAUCAGUUUACAUAAUGAAACUUGUACCAUUGCAUAAUUAAUAUAUGAUAAUUUUCUGAGCCUUAUAAGAACAAAGAAGUAUUCAUAGUAAGUUUAGAUUUUCCGUUAAUUUUUCAGGCUCGGUAAUAUUCUUGGGUACAGGCUGAUGUGUACUUAACCACUGCCAGAUUUAUACAGUCUUCCUGUGGAAGUUUAAUGUCUUUUUCCCCCCUUUUAGCAGUACAGUUCAUGGGUUUGGGGUACUUCAGUUAUGGAGUAGGCUUUGAUGGGGGAAAGAUUAGGAUUAUGCUUUCUCUUGUUUAAAUAAGAAAUUGUUUGAUUUUAAGGUCUAUUUCUAUAAAAUAGUUUACCAAAUAAAUGUUUGUUAUAAGAUGAUCUCAUCAAAUUAUUUUUUCAGAAAAAUAAUGGCUCAGGUGAAAUAACAAAAGUCUUGACUGGCAUUGUAAUUCAACAUUAUGUUGACUUGAUUUUAUUUGUUAGUAUUCUACACGUAUAUCAUAUAAAGAUUUCAACUGGACAUUGGUUAAUGCAGAGCAGACUUUUGAAAACUGUAGGGUCUUGACAAAAGACCAGAAAUUGGAAGUGGUAGUAUAUCAUGCAAAACAAGGGUAGAAAAAGAAAGAAGAGACCCUGCAAAUGUAUAGUAGGAGGGGUAAAUAGUACUGAGAGAGGAAAACAGGAUGUAGGAAUGUAAGUAAUAUAAAAUUCAGGGGCUCCUGGGUGGCUCAGUCGUUAAGCAUCUGCCUUUGGCUUGGCUCAUGAU